AAAUGGUAUUUUUUGGAAGUCCCCCUAGGGUCACAUUAAUUUAAAUUAUUAACCAAAAGAUUGGAGCAAAUAAUGGCCCAAAAAUGAGUGAUCCCAUGAAGUGGUUCCACGGCAACCUGUCGCGCGAGGCAGCCGACGACCUUCUGAAGCAAGCAGGUUACGAGGACGGGACAUUUCUGGUGCGCGAAAGCAGUACGGCGACCGGAGACUUCGUGCUGAGCCUGCUCUGCCAGGAGGAGGUCUGCCACUACCAGAUUCGGCGACAUGGCGGUGAGGACGCCUUUUUCUCCAUCGACGACAAGGUACAGACGAAGAUCCUACACGGUCUGGACACACUGGUGGACUACUAUCAACAAGCGGCCAAUGGGCUGCCCUCCAAGCUGACGGUGCCUUUAAUCCGAGAUCCCCCACCGCACAACACUCGAAGUCACGGAGUUACUAAUCUGCUGCACCGCGCGACCAGCAAGAACGAGAGCAAGGUGGUCUUCGAGCUUCUCAAGUGCGGCUACCGGAACUUCGACGCCAAGAACCAGGAUGGCCAGACGGCCCUGCAUCUGGCGGCUCUCAACUCGGACGAGGAUAUUCUCAAGCACCUGUUGAAUGCGAAGGUCCAGGUCAACAGCUCCGACUCCUUCGGCUGCCAGCCGUUACACUACGCCGCUCGCUCAAAGCCGGCCAGUUUUAUACGGACCCUAAUAUCGGCGCAGGCAAAUGUCCAGGGCAGGAACAUUGAAAACGGCUAUGUGCCGCUGCACGAGGCCGCCAAGCACGGCAAUCUGGAGGCUGUGCAGGAACUGCUUUUGGCAGAAGCUCCGCCGCUCCCGAGGACCAGUUCCGGUGAAUUCCCCUUUGAUCUGGCCAAGGAGGCAGGCCAAACGGCCGUGGAGGAAUUCCUGCUGGGCUACAAGCUUCCACCGGCAAAUACCACCAGGGAUCAGUGGUACCAUGGCACUCUGACCCGAGACGAAGCGGUGGCCAUACUCAAAAAGCAUGCCAAGGAGCUGGUGGCAAAGCAAUCGCAGAUUGACACUUCCGGGUGCUUCUUGGUUCGCUACUCCGAGUCGCCAGCAGCCUCUGGAUUAGUUCUGACCUUGCUCAGCGACCAGGUGGUCAAGAAUUUUCGUAUUUCGCAAGCUGAUCUCUACCAGAACGGUGUCAAGUUGCAGUCCGGCGGGUCCAAGUUUCUGUACAUUGAUGACGGUCCGUACUGGCCCAGUGUGGAACAUCUGAUAGCCCACUUCAUGCGCUUUUCCUACGGACUGCCGGUGAGCCUCAAGUUCGCAGUUCCGCCACAGCCCAAGCCAGAGGUGCCGUCGUUCGCCACAAUUCCUCGAUCCUCGGUGAGACCGAAAGCAACAUCGCCUGCGACGCCGCCCACUCCCGUGUCCCCACAUCCGCUCCAUCCGCACCCACAUGUGCCAGCCCUGACCAUAGCGAAGAAAAAGCAGAAGGAGAACAGCAGCUCCAUGUUUAAUACACUGCGCAUAACGAGUCCAAAAAAGGCGCUGUUCGACAUGAACAGCCUGCGCAAGAGCAAGUCCAAGGGAAAACGCAGCGAGUCUGAAAGCAGUGUAAGUGGAUCUCUGGCAAGGACGGAGCAGGAGCUGCAGGCGGCUGCUCCCAUGUUGAAGAGCCUAUCCUUCUCCACGGAAUUCUCCACAUUCAAUGCGGACAGCGGAGCCGUUGCUGGGGUCAGUGGCGAGGUGUAUAACGUGCCCAGAAACAAUACCCCCAUUGAGAUUGACUUGCCACCCAUUGCCCAAAAGACUGCAGCCGAAGUUGAGUAUUUCACGAAGAGCGAUAUUGCAAUUGAGCGCGAGCGCGCUGGCCAGUGGAGUGCCAAUGGAUACCAGCCCACAGUGGACGUGCUCACGCUGUUGGAUCAGCAGAUCAAGGCACCCGCUGUGACGCGUAUCAACUCCAUAGCGUCCACAGCUUCCACGGAGAGUGAGAUGGCCGGUUACCUGCAUCGCAAGUGCAGCGGCACCCCCAACACGCUCAACUCCACCGCCUUGGAGGCGGCCAAGCUGAGGUUCUUCAUCGAUCCGGAAAACCUGAUGCUGGACAGCGAGAUCGGGAACGGGGAAUUCGGUUCUGUGCACAGUGGCUGGUUGGUGAGGAAGAGCAGCUCCGGUGAAGAGUCCCGCGUUGAGGUGGCCAUUAAGAUGCUUAGCGACGAGCACAGCAAUAAGCAGGAGUUCCUGCGCGAGGCCUCCGUGAUGAUGCGGUUGGAGCACAAAUGCAUUGUGCGACUGAUUGGCAUUUCGAAGGGGGAGAUGCUCAUGAUGGUGCAAGAGCUCGCUCCGCUUGGUUCCAUGCUGCAGUACAUCCAGGAUCACGGUUCCCAGAUCACGGCCAAUUCGGAGCUGAAGGUCUGGGCCUCGCAAAUUGCGUGCGGCAUGCACUAUCUGGAAUCUCAGCAUUUUGUGCACCGCGAUCUGGCCGCCAGAAAUAUUCUGCUAACCGCCCGACACCAGGCCAAGAUCAGCGACUUUGGUAUGUCGCGAUCCCUGAGACCCGGCAGCACGGAAUACCAGUUCACCCAGGGCGGACGAUGGCCCAUCCGCUGGUACGCUCCGGAAAGCUUCAAUCUGGGCAUCUUUUCGCACGCCAGCGACGUGUGGUCUUUCGGAGUGACUAUCUGGGAAAUGUUUUCCUUGGGCGCACCGCCAUACGGUGAAAUAUCCAAUGUGGAUGCCAUCAAGUUGGUGGACAGUGGAGAACGUCUACCCCAGCCCAAUCUAUGUCCCGCCUACAUCUAUGCCGUGAUGCAGAGCUGCUGGAAGGAGCGACCCAAGGACCGGCCUACCUUUGUAUAUCUCACGGAGUUCUUCGCGCGAGAUCCCGAUUACCAGAACCUGCCAGAGUUGGUGCAAACAGUUCACAUCUAAGCCAGUUUCCCCUCAUCCCGCUCAGAGUGCAAUUUUCUAUAGCUAUUUUUAUAAUGCUUUUAUUCCGAUUUGUGGCGUAUUAAAGGGACUCGUAGAUCAUGAUUGUUAUCCCGUAUCCUAGUAUUUUCGCGAGUCCCUAUUCAUGUUUAUAGUUUGUAAUGUCUAUUUUUAUAUACUGUUGUACAACCAAUUUGUGUCAAAAGAAUGCGAACAAGUGCCUUAAAAGAUUUACUACAUUAACUUUGUAUUGAAGUUUACAAAUCCAUUUUGUUUUAUUGGUUUUACGAAAUAAAAAUAACUUUUUUUAUACGCAA